AUGUCUCCUUCUCUGACCGCUACGUUUCCUUCACUGACCGCUACAUUUCCUUCACUGACCGUUACGUCUCCUUCACUGCGGUUACGUUACGUCUCCUUCUCUGACCGUUACAUUUCCUUCACUGACCGUUACGUCACGUCUCCUUCUCUGACCGUCACGUCUCCUUCACUGACCGUUACGUUUCCUUCUCUGACUGUUACGUCUCCUUCACUGACCGUUACGUCUCCUUCUCUGACCGUUACGUCUCCUUCUCUGACCUUCACGUUUCCUUCUCUGACCGUUACAUCUCCUUCACUGACUGUUACGUCUCCUUCACUGACCGUUACGUCUCCUUCUCUGACCGGUACGUCUCCUUCACUGACUGUUACGUCUCCUUCUCUGACCGGUACAUCUCCUUCUCUGACUGUUACGUCUCCUUCUCUGACCGCUACGUCUCCUUUACUGACCGGUACAUCUCCUUCUCUGACGUAG